GGAUGCACUGGCUGUAAGUGAGGCGGGAAGUCCGGGGUUUCCCCCUUUUUUCUCUCCCUGCGCCUCUCUCGCUUAUGGACAGAGACAAACAGACGGAGCUUGCCUCCAAGUAAUCUUCGGGGAACUUUGCUUUUGGACACUUCUGGGACAGUCUGCGCCUUAAGGUUACUACUCCUCCGUUUAUUUUUAAAUUUUGGUUGAACUUGAUCCAAGCUCGCGUCGCCAGGUUUCUGUGCGCAAUGGCUGGUCGCUCAGCCCGCCUGUCUGCCCGUCUCCACACGGAGGGAUUCGGAAUGCUCGGCUGAAAGAAAACAAGAAAUCAACAACUCCUGAGUGAGACCCCCCUCAAACCCCACCUGUCUGGACACCGGGACGAAUCCAGUCGCCUCUUUCAUGACACCUCCUUACCUUUCCAUUUGGAGGACCUAUUUCGGAGUCUGUGCAGCGUUUUAGUUUCAGAGCGCACUCCUGUCUGACUCAACGAUGUGCUCCGCUGGGAAAUACUGUGUGUUUUUGUUCCUGCUUCAAAGUAUCCUGUCGGACCCGGGGACCACAAACCAAGUGGUCCUGUUGGACACCACGACAGUGCUAGGAGAACUGGACUGGAAGACAUAUCCUGUCAAUGGGUGGGACGCCAUCACAGAGAUGGAUGAGCAGAACAGGCCUAUCCACACCUUCCAGGUUUGCCACGUCAUGGAGCCAAACCAGAACAACUGGCUGCGGUCUGGAUGGAUCCAGCGGCAGGCUGCACAGAGGGUAUAUGUAGAGCUGCGUUUCACACUGAGAGACUGCAACUCCAUCCCUUGGGUGUCUGGUACCUGUAAGGAAACCUUCAACCUCUUUUACCUGCAGACAGAUGAUCCGCUCCCUGCAGCCACACGGUUUCGGCCUACUGACUACGCCAAGGUGGACACCAUCGCAGCGGACGAGAGCUUCACACAGACGGAUCUCGGCGAUCGCGUUCUUCGCCUCAAUACCGAGGUCAGGGAGGUGGGCCCGGUGACACUUAAGGGCCUCUACCUGGCUUUCCAGGACGUGGGAGCUUGCAUCGCCCUUGUGUCCGUCAAGGUGUUCUACAAGCGCUGCCCAGCGACGAUAAGGAACCUUGCGGCUUUUCCUGACACGGUGCCGCAUAUGGACUCGUCCUCGCUGGUGGAGGUGAGGGGUGCCUGUGUGGAGAACGCGGAGGAGAGGGACACGCCCAAAUUGUACUGCGGCGCGGAUGGAGACUGGCUGGUGCCACUGGGCGGCUGUUUCUGUAGCAUUGGCCACGAGGAGAUGGAUGGCUACUGCCGGGCUUGUAGACCUGGCUUCUUCAGUGCGUACGCCGGGAACAAGAAGUGCUCCAAGUGUCCUCCACACAGCUCCAGCCACGACCAGGCCGCCACCAUCUGUCACUGCGACAAAGGCUUCUACAGGGCUAUCAAAGACUCCUCCACCAUGGCUUGUACAAGGCCUCCAUCAGCUCCCAGGAACCUGGUCUCAUUAAUCAACGACACAGCUCUCUUCCUGCAGUGGAUGCCUCCUGGCGAUACGGGAGGCAGGAAGGACAUCACCUACAACAUCCUGUGCCAGCGCUGUGAUGGAAGUGACGGCGACAGUGGGGUGACGCAGUGUGAGCCGUGUGAGCCGGACCUGCGGUUCAUCCCACGGCCACUCGGUCUGACCGGUACCUCGGUGGCAAUAAUAGAUUUUGCGACGCACGCCAACUACACCUUCCAUGUAGAGGCUGUGAACGGCGUCUCUGGGCUGGGCGUGGCAGCGCGAUCACUGGCGAAUGUUACUGUCACCACACACCAAGCCGGUCCUGCUCUGGUGGGUGUAGUCAGGAAGGACUGGGCCUCUCAAAACAGCAUCGCCCUCUCCUGGUCACAGGUGGAACAGGCGCCCCCAGACAUAGUGGACUAUGAAGUGAAAUACUACGAGAAGGAGCAAGAGCAGCUGAGCUACUCAUCAACGCGGACCAAAGCCCCCAGCGUGGUGGUAACGGGCCUCAGACCCUCGACUGUCUACGUCUUCCAUGUGCGCGCUCGCACCGCUGCUGGAUACACAGCCUACAGCCCCAACUUUGAGUUCUUUACCACACCCGAGGAUCCUGAUAUCGCUGAUCAGGGUCAAGUUCUGGUGGUCGUCACGGCGUCUGUAGGAGGCUUCUCUCUGUUGGUCAUCCUCACCCUCUUCCUCCUCAUCACUGGCCGGUGUCAGGGGUACAUUAAAGCCAGGAUGAAGUCAGAGGAGAAGAGGAGGACGCGCUUCCACAGUGGACACGUCCCGUUCUCCGGGAUAAAGACCUACGUCGAUCCAGACACGUAUGAAGAUCCCACUCAGGCUGUGGAGGAAUUCGCCAAAGAGAUAAAUCCCUCAUACAUAUGCAUCGAGAGGGUGAUCGGUGCAGGUGAAUUUGGAGAAGUCUGCAGUGGUCGGUUGCGUAUACCUGGAAGGAUGGACAUCGCCGUCGCAAUAAAGACGCUUAAAGGCGGCUUUAUGGAUCAACAGAGGCGAGAGUUUUUGCGUGAGGCUUCGAUCAUGGGACAGUUCAACAACCCCAACAUUAUCAGGCUGGAUGGAGUAGUCACCAAGAGCAGACCGGUAAUGAUAGUGGUUGAGUACAUGGAAAAUGGAGCGCUCGAUUCGUUCCUCAGGACCCGGGACGGCCAGUUCACAGUGCUCCAGCUGGUCGGCAUGAUGCGGGGCAUCGCAGUAGGCAUGACCUACCUCUCAGAGAUGGGCUAUGUUCACAGGGACCUAGCCGCUCGCAACAUCUUGGUGGAUGAAAACUUGGUGUGCAAGGUGUCUGAUUUCGGCAUGUCCAGGAUCCUCGAGGAUGACAGUGAGGCAGCCUACACCGCUACGGGAGGAAAGAUACCAAUACGCUGGACGGCUCCAGAGGCUAUUGCUUAUGGGAAAUUCUCCUCGGCUAGCGACAUAUGGAGCUACGGCAUCGUCAUGUGGGAAGUGAUGUCCUACGGUGAGAGGCCCUACUGGGAGAUGUCCAAUCAAGACGUCAUUUUAUCGAUUGAAGAAGGCUACCGUCUACCAGCACCAAUGGGCUGCCCCGUGACGCUGCACCAGUUGAUGUUGCACUGCUGGCAGAAGGAGUCCGGCCAGCGUCCGCACUUCAACAGUGUGCUUUCUUUCCUGGACAAACUAAUAAUCAAUCCCAGCAGUCUGCUCACUCUGGUGAAUGACGUGCAGAGUUUCCCUGACUCCCCGGAGGACAUGCCGGACUACCCUCUGUUCAUCUCGAUUGGCGACUGGCUCGACUCCAUCAAGAUGAGCCAGUACAAGAACAACUUCCUCGCAGCAGGAUACACAACACUGGAUUCCAUUUCGACCAUGAGUAUAGAUGACAUCAGGCGCAUCGGAAUCUGUUUGAUUGGUCACCAGAGGAGAAUCAUAAGCAGCAUACAGUCUCUCCGCCUGCAGCUUCACCACAUCCAACAGAGCGGCUUUCAAGUGUGAGACCCUUUGCACAAAGACAGACAGUGGUGUGUGUGUGUGUGUGUGUGUGUGUGUGUGUGUGUGUGUGUGUGUGUGUGUGUGUGUGUGUGUGUGUGUGUGUGUGCGCGUGUGAGCUGGGAAACAAACCGGAGCUCCUUGGCAUCAUCAUCAAACUAACUGCACAAGCACCAGACUGUUAGGUGUAGCAGGUACAAUACGCUCCUCAUGCGAGAGCUGCUAGACCACAAGUCAUCAUCUUACGGAUCAUCGUCACCACAGCCUCCACAACAACAAACCUCUGUCAGCGUUGGCCUAAUGCGGCCUCUUUGUUAUCUCAGCAAAUACUAGCAUUCACUUGAAUAUAGGACUUCUUCUCUCUAGUGUCUAUUCAAGUGUUCACCAAUACCUCUUCUCUUUCCAAGUGACAAUCCAAUGGUUUCUAUUGACUUUGAUUGGUCUCAAGUCUUGUUACCUCAUGACCAGAGAGGACGUGGACGGGAUUAACAGGUACGGUAACGUGUGGUGCAGCGUGCGAGUCUUAACAACAGCCGUUUUUUGGGGUUUUUUUUCAGCUGGUUAAUGAAACAAUUCAGCAGAAACACAGAGCGACAGAAUGGUGAAUACAAUCAUGUUUUUUUGAACUGAAGACCGCUGAAUGUCAAAAGAUUUUAUAGAAAUGUACGUUCUAUCCUCAUGAUAAUGCAGUAUGUCUCGUACAAAAAGUCUCGUGGAAGUUGUUUGUUUUAUUCAGUAUGUUUGUUCCUUAAUAAACGGCCCUA